AGGACCAAGCCCUGGAAGGCAGGGAUUGAGUUCUAGUCUUCUGUUUGCCAGGCUUAUAACAUUAUUAACUACGAUGAUUUGUAGUAAUAGUAAUAACAUCACCUUUUAUUAUUGGGAAGUUAUGUGCCAGCUGUUGCACUAAGUGGAAUUGUCAACUCUAGGAGUUCACAUGUUAUUCCAUUUUAUUAAUCUUUAAACCGAGGUACAGAGAGUUGGGCAUCUUGACUAAAAUCAUACACCUGGGAAAUAAUGAAGAGCUUGUCUGUCUCCAAAGCCCAGGAACAAAUUACUUAUGAACUUUGUGAGAAUUUUAAUGCAUGGAAAAGCUGUCCAUGUUCCAACUGCUGUACAUCCAAAAGUCUCAGUGUAAUAGCAGGACCAAAAUAUUCUGUCAAUCAGCUGACCAUAUACUUAAUGACUCCUAAAAUCUCGUGGACUUCUAAGUUUUCUGUUUGCCCAGAAAGCGCCAUGGCCUGUGCUGCUGUUAUGAUUCCUGGGUUGUUGCGGUUCUCUGUUGGAGCCAUCCGUAUUGAGGCUGCUUCACUGAGAUUGACACUCAGCACUUUGCGCCACCUUACUCUAACCAGCAUAAUGAAAUCCAAAAGGAAAACUGAUCACUUGGAGAGAACUGCAAGUGUCCUUCGACGGGAGAUUGUGUCAGCAGCUAAGGUGUGUGGAGCUGCCAGUGAGUCACCGUCAGUGAAGAGCCUCCGCUUGCUUGUUGCUGAUCAAGACUUUUCCUUUAAAGCUGGCCAGUGGGUUGAUUUCUUUAUUCCAGGAGUCUCUGUGGUUGGUGGGUUUUCAAUAUGCUCCAGUCCCAGACUGCUAGAACAAGAGAGAGUGAUAGAAUUGGCAGUGAAAUACACGAACCACCCUCCUGCCCUCUGGGUUCACAAUACGUGUACACUUGACUGUGAAGUGGCUGUGAGAGUGGGUGGAGAGUUCUUCUUUGACCCUCAGCCUGCGGAUGCCUCUAGAAACCUCGUGUUGAUUGCAGGAGGAGUCGGAAUUAACCCUCUGCUUUCCAUCCUGCGGCACGCAGCAGAUCUCCUCAGAGAGCAGGCAAACAAAAGAAAUGGAUAUGAGAUAGGAACAAUAAAACUAUUCUACAGUGCAAAAAAUACCAGCGAACUCCUGUUUAAGAAAAAUAUCCUUGAUUUAGUAAAUGAGUUUCCUGAGAAGAUUGCAUGCAGUUUGCAUGUUACAAAACAGACUACACAAAUCAAUGCGGAACUCAAGCCAUACAUCACGGAAGGAAGAAUAACGGAGAAGGAGAUAAGAGAUCAUAUUUCAAAAGAGACUUUGUUCUAUAUUUGUGGCCCACCUCCAAUGACAGACUUUUUCUCCAAGCAACUGGAAAAUAACCAUGUACCCAAAGAACAGAUUUGCUUUGAGAAGUGGUGGUAGGAGGCAGACAAAGGCAGAAAAAAUAAAGAGGAACCCUGCCUACGCCAUGAGGACAGGCCCAGGCUAGCCUUCGGAUGAUGAGAGACCUGUGGCCCUGCUAAGCAGCAGACGUGAGAGAUGCCAUCUUGGAGCUGCUAGCUGUGGUCCACCCAUCAGCGCCUGCAGGCACAUGCUGAGAUUAGUCGAUUUCCUAAAAGUUGAAGGAAAAAUCACCCAGCUGACCUGUUUGGGUUAUGAUUUUAACUCACUAAGCUUUGGGGAGCUUUAUUACACAGCAGAAGCUAACUGGUGUAUUACUAUUAUUACUAUUAUUCUAAGAACCAAAUACCAGGCAAACCUCUAGGAGGAAAAUUGUAAUGAAAGUCACCUCAUUGAUUUGUGGCCGGGCUCAGUGGCUCAUGCCUGUAAUCUCUGCACUUUGGGAGGCAGAGGUGGGUGGAUCAUGAGGUCAGGAGAUCGAGACCACCCUGGCCAACAUGGUGAAACCUCGUCUCUACUAAAAAUACAAAAAUUAGCCAAGCAUGGUGGCAGGUGCCUGUAGUCCCAGCUACUCGGGAGGCUGAGGCAGGAGAAUCGCUUGAACCCAGGAGGCGGAGGUUGCAGUGAGCCCAGAUCGCGCCACUGCACUCCAGCCUGGCGACAGAGCGAGACUCCAUCUCAAAAAAAAAAAAAAAAAAAGAAAAGAAAGUCACCUCAUCUGAUUUGAGAGAAAUACAUGAUAUAGUCACUGCUGAAGGGGAGUGUUCCUAAUUUGUCACCACACUCAAGGCUGGCACACCUAGCCCUUAUUUGCUCCAGGCCGGACACUUUGGCCUUGCAUUACCUCUGGAGCCCUGAACUCUAAUUUAUGAUAACUUACUGUGAGGCCCAGCAGUGCCACCAGCUUGCCCUGGAAGAGAGAGAUAAAAACCCACACUGGGUAGAUCGUCCUAGCUCGAGACGUUGCCCUGGCUUCUCCUAAAGCACCAUGCCAAGCUGGCAAGAAAACCAAACCUGCAUGUGCAAGAUAACAUUCUCCUGGAUUCUGGGACACGCUGGGUGAUCUGGUCCUGGUACAUGCGGUUUCUCUAACGUCAGUUACUUGGAAGGCAGAAAGAAGAAAGGGGCUACGGGAUAGAAGGGCAGGAGAUGGCAUGCAUCCUUAUUAUCAGGGGUGUCUGCCCACACACACCUGCAUGAGCAGAAUGAGAACCAGGCAAGGCAUGCAACCACGCAAGGCUCCUGAUCACAAGGAAGGUAAUGAGGCCGGACAUGCGGCAGCUAAGGGGCGACGGCUGGGGCCAACUCUGACCCGUAGCAGGGACAGGCACUGCAGUUCUGACUGUGGUUAAGCAACACAAAGCUGUCACAUCCUGUCAGCUGCUCAUCGGGACCACGUACGCAAUAGCACAGGGCUCCUGUCCUCUAGAAGUUGACAUCUUAAACACACAUUGAGUGCUUCAGGGUGAGGGGGUCCUCCCAGGCCAACUUAAUAAUAGCUUUGUUUGAUAACAAUUAAAAAAGAAACAUUUUCUCCAUCCAGAGACUUGCCACGUCCCUCCUACUGGCUUUGAUGAGACAGAAAACUAGGCUUUCUGGGAGUAAAUGGGACUUGCUACUUUAUUACUCUCUUUAGACUAUCAGAGAUGAAUGAGGGAUCCUAUAUCAUAUCUUUAGCCCUUCUUUCUGAUUUUUCACCUUAUGUAUUACCUAGAAAAGAGAAAAGGGAUUGAAAAAAGGAGCUUCUCCAAAGUGUGUAACUAAAAAGUUGUUUAUUUUGGAGUUGGGGACCUGGGGAGAGAGCCAGUCUGUCUGCAGGAAUUCUAGAACCCAAAACUGUCAACGUUGUCCCCUCCACCUAUCAGCAGUGGAUUCCUAACAGCUUACUGAUAAUCAUAAAAUGCAAACCCAGAAGAGGUCUCUGAAUAAAGGUUGGUUCAAAACCUUAAGAGACAGGGAAAUGGAGAUUAAAGAUUAUUUCACUGUCCUAGCUAACAACGAACAGAGCCACACAACACACCAUGUGCUAGGCUGUCACAGUCUUGACUCACUAAGGAAGGGAUUGGGUAAGACAUGGGAUUUGUCUCUCCCUAACUUUCUCUGCCUGGUAACUUCAAAGGUGCCACGUUCUCAAGCCAUGCUGGAGCAAUCACAGUUGGCCAAUAUUCUCUUUGUGGUGACUCAACUGUCAGUAUCAUGUUGCUAUGGCUACCACAAUUCUCGCUCAGCCCUCCCUCCUUAUGCUCUGCUCUUAUUUAAACCAAAUUGCACUGCACUAAUCCCACAGCAUGCUCUUUGAGGACCCAGCUCUGAUAGGGCUUCUGAGGUGCCAGAAACCUCCAGCUGGAAUAUCCUGCCUUCAGGACACAUCAGACAUCUGGCUGUUCAUUAGUCCAAUGUUACAAGUCCUGCAGUCCACCUCCCACUCUAUCUGGCUCCCUGCUCUACCAGAGAUAAAUCCACCAGAGCCAUAACAGAUGCGCUGCCGGGUCCCCAUCAGCAUCUGCACUGAGACCUACCACGGGACAAACCAAUGAUGAAAAAACCAAAGUCCAGAAAAUGAAAAUGGUCUCAGAGAGACUGGCCAAUCCUAUUUGGGGUCCUCUAGAAAAUUCUCCCGUCACUCUGUUCCCUGUCCUACCAUUUCCACAUAUUGCUCAUGACUUGGUGCUUCAUUUUUCUGCCCCUGCACUAGAACACAAACUCCACAGAGGCAAGGAGUUUAUCUUGUUCCUGAUGAAUCCCAGGCACUUAAGGAAGUAUUUGUUCGAUAAUUAGUUGUUGAGUGAGUGAAUAAAUGCACCUGUCCUAGCAUUUUGUGGGUAGGUUCUGCCACCAUUGUCUUGUAUUCUCAAAGUCUUACCAAAAUUGCUGUAAAUCAUACCUAAAAUGAGACAUGAGUUUGCCACCAAAAAUGUGAAUUAAUUUGCCAGGAUGCUGUGUUACCAUUUUUAUGGGUAUUUUGCAUGUGGAAGUUGGAAGUAUAUUCACGUAUGAAAAUUAGACACAGUCAUGGCCAGUUAUUUAGCUGGCCACACACAAACUUGUUUCUUCCCUGUUUCUGUUCCAUUGCCAUGCGUUACAGAGGGUCGUAUCAGGAGGUAGUGUGUUUCUCCAUCUCUUGACUCUGAGCUGGUUUUGUGACUUUCUUUGGCCAAUAGUACAUUAACAAAUAUGAUGCAAACCACAGCAUGAAAUAAGCUAGCACAUUGGGGCUUGCCCACUUGCUGCUUUUGGGAAUCCCGUGGCUGCCAUCCUGUGAAGAGGUUCAGGUUAGCUUACUGAAAGUUAAGAUACACAAGGCUCUGUUCUAGCCAACUGCCAGACAUAUGAAUGAGGCCACUCUAGAUCAUUCAGCUACCAGCUGACAUAUGAGAGAGCCCAGCAGAGAUCAGCAAGGUUGCCCUAUGGCUGAAAAAUUGAUCAGAUGACCUAAAGAAUCAUCAGCUAAUACAUGGUUAUUUGAAGCCACUAAGUUUGGAAUGGUUAGUUACACAGCAGAAGCCAACUGAUAGAGACUGAAAAAAAAACAUCCAACAAACAUUUAAUGGAGAUGAGUGUAUCUGCUUCUUUCAAAGUUACCUUGUCUUUAUACAGGAAGGUAACUCUGCAGUUAUAGAUUUUAAAUAGAAUAAUGCUUUUGUGCUAAUCCCUACCCCUCACCUUCUUGUCCAAACCGUUUCUGAACAACAUCAAGAAUUUUCAAGGUGAAGUCAAAGGUGAAAUUUGUUUUCGUGGGAUAAAAAUUCCCUAGUUUCAAAAAGUAAGGCCCUCAAGAGAAUGAGAAGACAAGUCAAAGACUAGGAGAAAUAUCUGCAAAAGCCAUAUCUGAUAAAGGACUUUUAUCCAAAAUAUACAAAGAAUUCAUAAGACUAAACAAUAAAUCAACAAACAACCCAAUUUAAAAAUGGGCAAAAGUUCUGAACAAAUACCUCACCAAAGAAGAUAUGCAGGUAGCAAAUAAUAAGCAUAUAAAAAGAUGCUCAAUAUCAUAUGUCAUUAGGGAAAUGCAAAUAAGACAGUCCACCUUAGAAUGGCCACAUUAGAACGGCCAAGAUCCAUAACACUGACAAUACUUAAUGCCGGUGAGGAUGUGGAACAGCAGCAACUCUCAUUCACUGUGGUGGGGACGCAAAAUAGUACAGCCACUACAGAAGACAGUUUGGCAGUUUCUUACAAAACUAGACAUACUUUACAAUAUGAUCCAGCAAUCAUACUCCUUGGUAUUUACGCAAAUAAGCUGAAAACUUUUGUCCACACAGAAACCUACACAUGGCUGUUUACAGCAGCUUUAUUCAUAAUUGCUAAAACUUGGAAGCAACCAAGAUGCCCUUCAGUAACUGAUAGAGAAACUGCAGUGGGACCACACAAUGAAAUAUUAUCCAGCACUAAAAAGCAAUGAGCUCUCAAGAGAUGGAGAAGCCUUAAAUCCAUAUUACUAAGUGAAAGAAGCGAACUGGAAAAGGCUACAUACUGUAUGGGAACUCUGUAGAUUCAGUUCAGUUUUGCUAAGAACCUAAAACUACUCUAAAAUAUAAAGUUUAUUUUUCUAAAAAAAAGUAAGGACCUUGAAUCAAAACUGACAUGAAUUACAGUGAUAUUGCUAAAGAAUAUUAAUGGUAUACAAGAGCAAGAAAAUUGAAGUCAGCAAAAACCCACCAAUGGAAAACUAAUUAAAUAAAUUAAAAUAAAAUUGUUCAUAGAUUGAAGUACUCUAUGGCCAUUACAAAUAAUGAAGUAAAAGCCUAAUAACAGAAACACUUUCAGCAUACAGUUACAUACAAAAAUGUAUAACAGUAUGAAGAGUAUGAUAUCAUUUUUGUAAAAAAUAUGCAAAUAUAGACAGAAUUUACACAGGAAGGAUUAUCCUAAGAUGCUAUGCAGCUGCCUUCUAGUGAUGCUGAAAGUUGGGGUUUGCUUUUCUUUCUUUUCUUCACCUGUAUUUUCUAAAUUAUCUUUAAUGACCACGUGUCACUUUUUUCAACAUCUUUAUUGAUAUAUAAUUGAGAUAUCUUAAAAUUCACCUAUUUAAAGCCAACAAUUCAGUGGUUUAUAAUAUAUUCAGAGUUAUACAACCAUCACCACAAUCUAAGUUUACACCACUUUCAUCACCCCCCACACCAAUACCCUGUACCUAUUAGCAGUCACUCCCCUUUCCCCCCACCCACCCCGAGGCAACCACGAGUCCACUUUUUGUCUCUAUGCACUUGCCUCACCUGGAUAUUUCAUAUAAAUGGAUUCAUAUAAUAUGUGGUCUUUUGCAACUGGCUUCUUUCACUUUAGCAUAUGUUCAAGGUUCAUACAUGUAGCAUAUAUCAGUAGUUUACUCCUUUUUAUUGCGAAAUAAUAUUCCAUCAUAUGGAUAUACCAUAGUUUAUUCGUCAUUUGAUGAACAUUUAAGUUGUUUCUACUUUUUGGACAUUACAAAUACAGCUGCCAUCAACAUUAAUGUACAUAGGUCUUUAUGUGGACAUAUGUUUUCAUUUCUCUUAAAUAUAGGGGUGGAAUUGCUGGGUCAUAUGGUAACUAUGUUUAACAUUUUGAGAAAGUGUCCAUGGAUCACUUUUAUAAAAAUAAAAAAAGUUAUAAGAAUGAAAGCAGAGGCCUCUUGGCCUCACUAGACUAGUUCUCAAGCCUUCUUAAGUCUAAUUUGCCAAGCCUAAUUUGCCACUUCACCCGAAAAGGAUGUUUAAAGAGGCCACUGAUUUAAAAGCUAUGUGUCAACAUGCAUGCCCAGCUUAUUCAAGUUGGAAGGGGUCAGGGUGGACCUCUAGUCCAGUGGCUGCUAGGCCUGGCUGAAUUUUUUACAUGCAGUUCCCUAAUCUCCACCCCGAAGACCCACUGACUUUGAGUCUCCAGGGAGGCAGAGUGACUUGGGAAUGCAUAUUUUUUUGUUGUUUUUUUGAGACAGAGUCUCGUUCUGUCACCCAGGCUGGAGUGUAAUGGCAUGAUCUCAGCUCACUGCAGCCUCAACCUCCCAGGCUCAAGUGAGCCUCCCACUACAGCCCCUCUGAGUAGCUGGGAAUACAGGCACACACCACCAUGCCCAGCUAAUUUUUAUUUUUUUAAUGUAGAGAGACAAGGUCUCACUAUGUUGCCCAGGCUGGUUUUGAACUCCUGGGCUUAAACAGUCCUCCCACUUCAGCCUCCCAAAGAGCUGGGAUUACAGGCAUAAGCCAGCCAGCCAGAAUGUGAAUUUUUAAUAAGUCCUCAGGUGAUUCUGAGGACUAGCAAGGUUUGGGAACCACUGUGCUAGUCCUUCCUGCCUAAAACAUCACUCCUAAUUAGUGGUGAUGGAACAUCCAAGUCACACCAGCAUCUGGGAGUUGACAAUCCUAGGCCCCAGCCACUUCCUCUGCUAAAGAGUUCCACAUACACUCUCCAAUUAGACCUAGUUUUUCCCUUACAAUCAACAAAAACAGUGUACUUCCUUCCUCAUAAGUCAGCCCUUCAAAGAUAUGAGGAAGCCAGCUACCUGAUUACCCUUGUUUUUUCCUCCUCCAAGAUAAACAUGUCCAAUUGUUUCCCACCAUUUCCAAGUGUCUCCCGCAUCACUGUCACUUUCACCUGUACCCUAGAGUCUGCUGAUGUUUCUCAUCAAAUAUGGCAGUCAUGGUGGAACCUAAGACUCUAAGUCAGCCAGCACUGGACUGAAGAAAACAGGGAGAAGUCCUUCAUGCAUGUGUUUUCAUAAAUUUGGUCAAAGAUAUCUGUUCUAAAAGCAGUGCUAACCUCAUAUUAUCCAAUUAUUUAUUCAAUCAAUGUUUGUUAAAAACCUGCAACACAAAAGGAACUAAUUUGGAUCCAGAAACCAUGAAUAUAAGGAAUGGCUGGUCCCUGACUCAAGGAGUUUGCAUAGCAAUUUGAUAACUUCAGUAAUUCCUCGGUAAGGUGAAAUGUGGUUGUUUCAAAAGGAGGGGAGAGCAAAGCCAGCUGAUAGUCUUAUAGAUGGCCCCACAAAGCUGGUGGCAUUAGGGUUGGGCUGGAAAGGACGAGCAGCUGCCUCAAAAGUGAAGAUCUGAGGUGGAGCAGGGUCUCAGCAGAGAGUGAGCAACCAGAAAGAAACAUGGGCUGUGAUCUGGAAAUGUUCACUGGGUCACAGCCCAGAGCACUUGGAGGGAAGCAGUAGAGACAUUCUUGGCCUAUAUUAACUCUUUUUCAUUGGAAUUGCUGUCAAAUCAGGUAUUCUUCAUUCUAUAUUAUUGACUUUUUUGAGCUUAAAUACAAUUUGUUGAUACUUAAAUGUAUUCCUAUUACAUUUUAUUGGGCUGGUUUGGGUCCAACAUUCAUAUACUAAGAAGUAACAGAUUGGAUGGAGUUUAAGAAGUCAGGGAAACCUACUCAAAAAAGAAAGUGGAUUAGAUCAGUAAUUUUCAAGGUUUUUUUUUUUUUUAAAUUAGUAGGAUGCUUCCUACAGGCAUCAACUAUAAUCUAAUUUAGAAACAACAGGUAAAAACAGAUACAUUCAGAAAAGGCGGCUCUGGUUGACACUGGCAUGGGUGGGUGGUCCAGAGUCUUUCCCACUCUCAGACAUGCCCUGGCCUUCUUCCCCCUUGCCCAACUAGAAUGCUUUAUGUGGAGCCCAAGAGCAUCCAUGUUCUUAUUCUUAGAUCCCAAGGGCCACCCAAGAUAUUCUGUGGCCUCCCAGAAUCAGGUCUCUUCAGGUCCACCACCUUCUAGAUCCCUGCACAAGCCCCUGAAAAAGAUGUGAAACAGGCCAAGGCACAGGAUGGCAUCAGAAAGCUCAUGAAGACAGACCUCCUCCCAAUGAAAGCACAUCGUUGCCAAGUGCGGCCUCAACCAGUUAUACACCACCCAUAGGCCCUUCCUUUUUAUUUAGUUGUAUUAAAAGCCUUGGCCAGGUGAAUCUCAAAGAACAUAUUUCAAGGAGUGGUGGUGAGUGAACACAUAACUACAAGAACACCCCCCAACCUUUUAUGCUCACUGAUUUAAUAUACUUCAGUUCUCUCUCGAGAACCAUUUGCCCUCUCUUCAUCUGUGGCUCUCAAACUAUGCAUUUUAAGCUCUUUUAGGGGGCCACAUGGAAAGCGUAAGAAAUGGGGGCAGCCCCCAGGAGCAAAGACCAGCUCCUGGAUAACUGCCUGCAAGAAAACAAGGACCUCAGACCUGCAACCACAAGGCCAACAACCUAAGUGAGCUUGGAAGUGGAUUCUUCCCCACCAAAACCUCUAAUAAGGCACACAGCUCUGCUGACAUCCCAUUUCAGUGUUUUGAGACCCUAAGCAGCAGACGACCCAGUUCAGCCCACCUGGAUUUCUGGCCCACAGAAACUGUAAGAUAAUAAGUAGGGUGUGUGUGUGUGUGUGUGUGUGUUUAAAGCUCUUAUAGAAUUAUCUCCCACUUUUUUAUCUCAAACACAUUGGGAAAACCUAAAGAUAUAGCCCUUGUUAUCACAUUGAGCCCUUAACUUGCCACAGGAUGCAUAAACAUUAUUUUUGGGCAUGUUGUGAGGGUGUUUCUGGAAAAGAUUAGCAUUUGAAUGGGUCAACUGAGUAGACCAGAUGGCCAUCCCCAGUGUGGGUGAACAUCAUCCAGUCAUUGAGGACCUGAACAGAACAAAGGGUGGAGGAAGGCUGAAUUAACACCGCCUGACUGCUUCAACAGGAACGUCCAUCUUCUGCCCUUGUUGCUCCUGGUUCUCAGGGCUUGGGACCUGGACUGGAGUCCACACCAUCAGCUGCUAGCUCUCAGGCCUCUGAACUAUACCACUGGCUUUCCUGGGUCUCCAGCUUGCAGAUAGCAGACUGUGGGACUCCUCAGCCUCCAUAAUCACAUGAGCCAAAACCUUAUAAUAAAUCUCUGUGUCUCUGUGUGUGUAUGUGUGUGCGUGUGCACAUGUGCAUGUGUAUAAUCUCCUACUGGUUCUGUUUUACUGGAGAACCCCAAUACACUUCUUUCUUGUUGUUCUGUGGCAUACACUGAAUAUUUUAAACCGCAUUUGUCACAGGAUUUUGAAAACGUGAUCAUUUGUUUCAUCCUCUCUUCCUCUGCAGCAAGAAUCAAAAUUCACUUUGCCCCAUGAUCUUCACCAGAACGGCAUACUUGCCUCUCCCCUCGUCAGAUUUAAAAGGUUCCUAUGAUUUAGGGUCUUCCAGCACCCCUCAGGAAGCUUGACAAUGAAGAGGAAUUACUGAUGAAUGUGGAAAGGCCAGGGGGUGGACAUUCAUUUUUAAUGACUACACACCUUCCCUUGACUAAAUGGAAUCAAUCCUUCCUGCCUGAAUUUCAUCCAUUCAUCAUGCUCUCACAGUGGCUGACACACAGUAGGAACUCAAUAUUUAUUUGUUGGAUAAAUUUUUAAAAAGAUAUAACUUACUUGUAUCACUAAAUUUUGUAUAUGAAGUGAAAUAUGGCUGUCUGAGAAAAUAGGACAAUUGAGUUUAUGGAAGAAAAAAGUGCAGAUAAAGAUUAAAGGUCAAAUACUUCCUUUUGUCAUCUCAUUAUCCAAACCGUCAACAAGUCCAGUGUUCUGGAAAAUACCUCUAGGAGCAUCCUGCCUUGCUAGUCCCCCUCAGUGGCACAGUCUGUUGGCUGCCAAAGCCAACAGCCCUUCGAUGGCCCAGGGCUUCUUCCUCACUGACACCCCCCAGGCCUGGACAACCAUGACUCUUGACAAGUGGCAUGGGUCUGUGACUCAGUCCUGGCCAAUGAGACCUGAGGAAAUCUCUGUUGUGGGUUUCUAGGAAAGGUUUUACUUGCUAAUAAAAAGGGACAUGUGGCAGGAAAAAACUGCCCCAUUCUUCACCGUUGUCAUCACAUUUGCAUGAGACACCUAGAAUUGCCACAGUCACCUUGUGAGGAGGAUCAUAAGGAGAGCCCUGCAGACAGGCUGAGGAUGAGUACAGAAAGAUGGCAGCAUCUGGAUCCCUGGUGGCAUCUUUAAGCCGUUGAAAAAGCUGACUCUGCAACCUCCCCACCUUGCUCUAGACUUCCUGCUCAAUGAGAUGAGAUGAACACCCCUACGGCUUAAGCCACUUUUAGUUGGAUUUCCUGCUAUGAACGGUGGAAAGCAACCCAACUGACACCCAUGACCACCACCCUUAUUCUAUUUCCCUGGGCUUCUGUUGGCCUUUCCCCCAUUCUGGCCCUUUCUCCAGGGCCAAUUGUCCCAAUGUACAGCUCUCUGAUGAAAAUCCCACUAUGGCUCCCUUCAACCCAUUGCAAAAAUCCAGGCCCUCGCCUCAACCACACGGUCUUCCCCAGACUUUUCACAUGCAAACAUACUGUCAAGGACACCCUACAGGGCGACCCUAGAGAGACGUCCAUGCAUGUUAUAUCCAUUUUCUAGGGGGGCUAUAACAAAUGACCACAAAAUUGGUGGAUUACAACAAUAGAAAUUUCUCACAGUUCUGGAAGCCAGAAGUUCAAAAUCAGUAUCACUGGGUCAAAAAUCAAGGUUAUAACAGGCCCAUGCUCCUUUUGGAGGCUAGGGGGAGAAUCUGCUCAUUGUUUUUUUCCGGCACUAGUGGCUGCUGGCAUUUCUUGUCUUGCGGCCUCACUACUCCAAUCUUCAAAGCAUUUUCAACUCUCUACUCUGCCUUCACCUCUAUGUGUAUAAAAUCUCCCUCUGCCUCUCUGUUACACAGAUGCAUACCCACCUCUGUGUGCACACUCACCUCUGUGUGUACACCACCUCCUCUCUGGAAGGAGCUUUCUCUGUGAAAGGGGAACUAGGGAAUUGAGGGUCAGAGGAGAGAGGAGGAUUCAGUCUUUACUAUAUACACAUUUGCACUGUAAGCAUUUUGUUUAAAAUUAUUAUAAAACCUCCAAUAACUUUUAUCUCAAUUUGCAAUGUAAUAUUCCUCAAUGGAAUUUUUUUACACAUGCUCUUAGGUCAGGUUCCCUAGAAGCAGACCCUAAAACAAGUAUUCAUGUACAAGUAACUUAUUAAGGAUGUGCUGCCAGUGAGGGAGCGGGAGAAGUCAUACAACAGAGAAGCAGCAGCCCAGGAAGGACACAAUUUUAAGAACAUCCCGUGACCAGCGGCUUAGUCUGAUCCUGUGGGGAGCUCUGAGGGGUGAGUUAUGCUCACAGUUGUCCCCAUCUGAGGCCAGGGAGCAGGGCUUUCAUAUACCCACACUCCUCUGUCAUUGACGAGGACCGCCUCAGGGGCACUUGUGGCUCUUGUUGCUUAAAGCAGGGCAGGCUCCUGGAGCUCAGGAGCAGGGCUUUGCUAAGAGGCACAAGUGCUGCCUGUUUGAGGUGAAAGCAUGAUGGUAAAAAGGGAGCCCAGGCAUCUAGAUCACUGACAUUAUCCAUAAUCAGAGGCAUCUAGGAGAUCACCCACAUUAUCUAUUAUUGAAGGCAUCUAGGAGAUCAUCCACAUUAUCCAAUAUGUGUUCUAAUUAUAAAAAAAAAUUAAUAGAUGUGCCUUCUCUUCCAGCUGGCCUCUGCUCCUGUCACUUCCCACAGCAGGAAGCCCCCACACUCAAUUCCCUUAGCCCAUCCAAGUCCUGGCUUGACUUGCCAAUACCCAGCUGGAGCCCACUGUGUCCAGGAGGCCUUGUUCAGUCUCUGCUCUCUCCCAGGGCACUUCUGGUCAGCAGGGCACAAUUAGCCUUGAAUGCCUUCCCAUUUCCUUUGUAGGAUGUCUUCUUCCCGAGGCUCCUUGAUGUGUGGGGCCUCAGCAAAUGCCCCUUUGCAUCCUUGUUCCUGGGCAUCAAAAAGUAGUCACUCUCUUUGAGCCUAUGGAGUUUUCCAGUUCCCUGAGAGUUGUUAUGGAACCCCUAAUCACCAUCUCACAUGGUUCUUUCUCAUUUUUAUGUACUCUUUCAUGGAUUAAGUCCAGCCCACCUGCCCCAUCGGGGAGCAGGAGGACUGGUUUUGGUCCAAUAGCCCAUCAUCUCUGUGUCCUGCCACUGCCACAAUCCACACACAUUUCAGAACCCCCGAGCAAGAGGCUGCUGCCAAGGAGGAGGCAGAGGGAAAAUUCUGGCUAAAAGAGGUAAAAGAGGGACAGACAGCCAUCCCAGGCUCCACUAUCCGAGGACAGGGUCAAAGCUUCAGAUCAGAAGUCAGGACUCAAUAAUCAGAUCAUGGCCUUUUGGGGUCACUAUUUCUAAAUGUAAUCUCUUCCCCAUCAUUAUGGGAAGAGAAAUGACUUACCUGGGCAACACAAACUGUAUAAACUAAGCUUUUCUCUGUGAUGUUCCUAACAGCAGAAGAGUACUAGAGGCCCUCUCCAGAGACAAGAAGAAAAAGAAUUUCAGAGGCUCAGAGGAAAGUUCAGUAUGGCCCCAUGGCAAGAAAUACAGGCAUUCUGGCUCCAGGUGGACUUGUCACCCUAAGAUAAAAGUUGGAGGCAACUAAGGAAAACCACUGUGGCUGUAGAGAUGGAUGAGUGUGAAUUUAUAAGGACAGAAGGGGGUACCUGAGCCUCCAGGGAUGGUGACAAAAGUGAGGCAAACCCAAAAGAGGAGGAAUGUUGAGCCUGGAAUGAGCUGAGGUGUGCAGGUGGCGUGAGGUAUACACACAUGCACCUCAGCCUAGAAUGAGAUGAGAUAUGCGAACUACGUAUGUGCAUGUGUGCACACGUAUACACAUAUGCCAUUUAAAAUCAUGCUCAAAGCAAGAAGUUGCACAAGAAAAGAGUAUGUUCAAGACAAUAAAAAUGGGAUUAUUCAACUCCUAUUUUACUUGCUUUUCUACAAGGAGACAAAUUUGGCUAAAGUCUAAGAGACUUUGUGAAGUUUUCUCCCCAUUAAUGGCAUCACAGCAUUUGUAUCUGAUUCAUCAGGAUUCUCCUGAGAAAGAGAAUCAGUAGGCUAUCUUGUAUCUAGAAAGAUUCAUUUUGAGGAACUGGCUUACAUGACUGUGGAGGAUGUAAAAUCCAAAGUUUGCAGGGUAGCCCAGCAGGCUGGAAAUUCCAGCAGGAGUCGAUGUUGCAGUUUUGAGUCUGCAGGCUGAAUUCCUUCCUCUUCCGGGAUCUCAAUCUUUUUUCUUAAGGCCUUCAACUGAUUGAAGUCCACUCACAUUAUGAAGGGUAAUGUGCUUUACUCUUCUACUGAGUUGAAUGUUAAUCACAUCUAAAAAUACUUUCAUAGCAACACCUAGAUUGGUGUUUGAUCAAGUAACUGAGUACUAUAGCCCAGCAAAGUUGACAUAAAAUUAACCAUCACAGGACAAUUCUGCAACUUAAUUUUCUCGUUUCACAUUUCCUGUAAUUCCUUCCGUGUCAGCUUAUACAGAAUGACCUCAUCUAUAAUAAGAAUAUAUUAUCCUUUGUUUAACCAUUCCCCUACUGAUGGACAUGAACAUUGUUACCUUUUUUGAUAUUACAAGUAAUGCUGAGAUAAUAUCCUUGUCUAUGCCUUCUUGUGAACACAUGCAUUUGUUUCUUUAGAAGAGAUGGACAUGAAGUAUGAAAUUGCUGAGUCAUGGAUGGGAGUGGGCAUUUCAAAUUGUUAACAGAUGUUAGCAGUUUGCCCUCUGAAGCAAACUUGAAAAUUUUAAAUGAGCUCAAGCUGAGAUGAAUCACAUUUUUUUUUUUUUAAAGGAAAAGGCACUCAUCCAUACAGACUAUUCUGUAAACAGGUGUGUAACUGUCAAGGUGAGUGGCACACAAGAAUUUGAUAAAAGUCAAAGUACUGAAGGCGCUGCUAAAGUAGAUCUGAGGCUAUUCUGACUUCCUCGUUACUCACCUGUGCUAUGAUUUGCUUUGCGGUGGGAAAGGAUGGAGAUGCAGCCUGGGAGGGGUUUGGGUGUUGAUUCCUGGGCCUUUCAUGGGAGUGAUUAUUCACAGGAAAAUCAUCCCUAUCACAGGAAAAAGGCAGAGAACUGCUGUCUUUGGCACUAAAGACUAUGAUCUCAGAACCAAAGUAAUUAUCUUGGAGAAACUGUGGCAAUAAAAGAAAAAAGCCAGAUGGUUUAAAAAGAACAAAUAUUGGCUCCCUUGUGAAUUCUAGAAACCAUAGAAAUUGAUGUUACUCCCUGGCAAAUCCUAGAGUGGAUUCUUAAAGAGAUGGUUGGGAGCCUUUGAAAGCAAAAGCUUGAGCCCCAGAAACCUGCAGAACUUCAUGAAGAACAAGUGAGACCUAAUGUGUUAUUACACAGGAUUCACAGGAUUAUGAGACAGGGUUACAGGCCAGAGUUGUUACAGAAAAGUGUCUCAUCGAGCCUUUCAUGUAAAUACAAUAGAGGAAUGGAAGAUGGAACAACAGGGCCACCUGAAUCCACUGCAGAAUGGUUUGGGUUAGUGUCAGGCACUGGUGGAGAGAUUCCUGCAGCGCACCAAGGACUGUGUCCUUGCUCCAGUCUGUUUCCCAUUGAGACCAGUCAGGAGCCUCCAUACAUAUGAAGCCUUCAGGGAGGCCAAGGCUGGAAGAUCCCCAGAAUGAAGGAUGAUAUAACCAUGAUCAGAAAUGUCUUGACAGGCUGGGGAAAUGGGCAGAAGCGAAUAGUAUGAGAUAAAAUGGGGGUUAACUCAACAAAAGAUUGAAUACGCAGGCAGAGAGUGGAGAAGAGCUGACUCCAGAGCCUCAUGACAAAGUCUGCGGGGUUGCAGAGGCUGUAAUCAUACCCUAAGCCAUUCUACCUGAAGCUGUACUCGCAGAAAUCCAAGUCCACCCUGACAGAAGUCAAGUCCUCGCAGGUAGCAGCUGCUUUCUAGGAUGCUCAUGCCCUUCUGACCUCACCAACUGAGCACUUCAGGGGUAAGCUGUAUAUAAGUUAGACCCAUUAUCCUAAUUACAUGUCUUAAUUUAAAUGAUUUAAAAGCAUAUAAACUAUAAGUGCUAAAACAAGUUGUUUCUCAAAAAACUAAGUUGAAUUCCUUGAAUAGACUCAGCAAAGAACAAUCACUAAAAAGUAACAACUGGCUGAAUUAGGGGUGUGUUGGGUGAGGGGACUAGAAAGACUAGAAAAAAAAAUCAUGAAAACAUGGAUUCUGCAGUCAGAUUCCAUUGAUAUUUUAAAGAAACUGACACUGGGCAUUGUAGCCAGCACACUUUGGGUGUGGUUUAGAUGAGAAAGAUGAGGCAGAACUCUACUUCAGCAGACACUCAACUCAAAAAGACUGGCAAAUGGACAUGUAUUUACAUACUUUACAUUCAAAUAAAAUGUGUAAGAUAGGAAUCUGAUUUUCUUUGGGUCUCUUUAAUUGGCUUUUUCAAUUAACCCACCAGCCACCAUACCAAUUGCAUCAGCUGUAAGUGCUUUUUCUACUCUCUUAUGUUCCAUUCUGGCACCAAAUUUCACAAUAAGCACUGAUAUUCUAGAACAUAUUCCAGGGAGAGGGAUAAACAUGGAAAAGGCUCUAUGGCUCAGGUAGCACCUGGUGGUGUCUAUAAGCUCUGAUGGGCUGUCAGGCUCAAAGAUAAACAGAUUCAGAGGGAAGAAGAGGGUCUCUGUCUCUGUAUCUUGCUCUUUACCUAUUCAUCUAUGUAGUUUUUUCCUUUCCAAGAAUUACCCUUUCUGCUCACACACUAGACUGUAAACUCAAAGAAAGUAAACAAAAUACCUGUUAUAAAUGCCCUAUGGAUAGACAUUUAUCUUACAACUGCCUUUAAUUUUAGGCUGUAGGUUUCCAACCGAGCAAAAUGCAAUUAUUUG